UUGGUGAAUCAGUAGAAUGAAAUUGCCCUCUUCUAAUGGCUCCAGUAUCAUCUUCCAACAGAGACGACGACUUCAAAAGCUAUAACCAAACGCCAUUCUGCAAACGAGCUCGAUCACGAAAACCCAGCCAUUGUUCCCUUAAAGCAACGAAUGUUUCAAUCUCCAAUGGAGAUCUUACAGCCAAGCUCAUCCCCAACAACGAUAACCCAUUACUUCUCUCCUUAUCAGUUUACCAAUACGGCAUUUUGCGGCUCAAGAUUGAUGAAGAUCCGAAUCUCGAUCCUCCGAAAAAAAGGUUUGAGGUCAACGAUGUGAUUGUUCCAGAGUUCUUCGAGAAGAAGAUUUUGUUAAAGAAGAUAGUGACAGAAGUAAUGGGUAACGAUUCGAUUCCUUCAUCGAUUAUUCAUUUGGCAGAUGGGUUUGAAGCUGUUAUUAGACACGACCCAUUUGAGAUAUUCGUUAGAGAGAAAGGAGGUAAGCGUGUAAUUUCAUUGAAUUCAUAUGGUUUGUUUGAUUUUGAACAAUUGAGAGUUAAGAAAGAAGGAGAUGAUUGGGAAGAGAAGUUUAAAGUUCAUACUGAUUCAAGACCCUUUGGUCCUCAAUCAAUUAGUUUUGAUGUUUCAUUUCAUGAAUCUGAUUUCGUUUAUGGAAUUCCUGAACACGCCACUAGUCUAGCAUUGAAACCAACUAGAGGACCUGGAAUUGAUCAAGAUUCUGAACCUUAUAGACUUUUUAACUUGGAUGUGUUUGAAUAUUUACAUGAUUCUUCAUUUGGGCUUUAUGGUUCUAUACCCUUCAUGCUUUCACAUGGUAAAUCUAGAGGAACCUCCGGUUUCUUCUGGUUAAACGCCUCUGAAAUGCAGGUCGAUGUUCUUGCCUCUGGCUGGAAUGAUAAUGAUAAUGACAAUGAUUCCAUUCGAAAUAGAGUUGAUACUGUUUGGAUGUCUGAAGCAGGAAUCGUCGACACCUUCUUCUUCGUGGGACCUAAUCCGAAGGAUGUUAUUCGACAAUACAUUACUGUAACGGGUUCACCAGCAUUGCCACAAUUAUUCGCGACAGGUUAUCAUCAAUGCAUUUUGAACUGUCGUGAUGAAGAACAUGUCAGUCAAGUUGAUUCGAAUUUUGACGAAUUCGACAUUCCUUAUGAUGUUCUUUGGCUUGAUAUUGAUCAUACUGAUACUAAGAAAUGCUUCACGUGGGAUAAACUAUUGUUUCCAAAUCCAGAAAAGAUGCAAAAUAAAUUGGCUGGUAAAGGAAGACACAUGGUUACUAUUGUGGAUCCUCAUAUUAAAAGGGAUGAUUCUUUCCCUUUGCAUAAUGAAGCUACUAAAAAAGGAUAUUAUAUUAAGGAUUCAUCUAGUAAUGAUUUUGAUGGAUGGUGUUGGCCCGGUUCAUCUUCUUAUAUUGAUGUGGUAAGCCCCGAGAUUCGAUCAUGGUGGGCAGGUAAGUUAUCGUUUACUAGCUAUAACGGGUCGACCCGUUCGUUGUAUAUAUGGAAUGAUAUGAAUGAGCCUUCCGUGUUUAAUGGUCCUGAGGUGACAAUGCCAAGAGAUUCUUUACAUGUUGGGGGUUUCGAGCAUAGAGAAUUGCAUAACGCGUAUGGGUAUUACUUUAAUAUGGCGACGACAGAUGGUUUGGUGCAGAGAUGUGAUGGAAAAGAUAGACCUUUUGUUUUGUCGAGGGCGUUCUUUUCCGGUAGUCAAAAGUAUGGGGCGGUUUGGACCGGGGAUAACACCGCGAAUUGGGAGCAUCUUAAGGUUUCUGUUCCGAUGGUGUUGACUCUUGGUCUCACGGGGAAUGCGUUUUCGGGUGCUGAUGUUGGUGGGUUUUUUGGGGACCCUGAACCGGAAUUGUUAGUUCGUUGGUAUCAACUCGGUUGUUAUUACCCUUUCUUUAGAGCACACACUCAUCAAGACGCUGAAAGACGAGAACCGUGGUUGUUUGGAGAUCGAAAUACAGAACUUAUAAGAGAAGCCAUACAAAUGCGAUACACAUUGUUGCCAUACUUCUAUACUCUAUUUAGAGAGGCGAACACGACAGGUUCGCCUGUCAUGCGCCCGCUCUGGAUGGAGUUCGCGUCCGACAAACCAACUUUCACCAUCGACGAAGCCUUCAUGGUUGGGAACUGUCUUUUGGUUCAAGGGAUAUUCAUUGAGAAAGCAAACGGUGUAUCUGUUUAUCUACCAACUGAAGGAGGAUCAUGGUGGUAUGAUUUGAACUAUGGAAUUAGGUAUGAAGGUGGCAAAACUUAUAAGCUUGAUGUUUCUGAAGAACACAUUCCCGUUUUCCAAAGAGCUGGAACUAUCGUACCUAGAAAAGACAGAUCUCGUCGAAGCUCCACACAGAUGGCCAUUGAUCCUUACACUCUAGUGAUAGCUCUUGACGAUACUCAGGAGGCUGUUGGUGAGCUAUAUGUGGACGAUGGAAAGAGUUUUGAAUUUGCUAAUGGAGCGUUUAUUCAUAGGCGGUUUGUUUUCUCCAAUGGGGAACUUACGAGUUCUAAUAUGGUGUUGUCAUCUGUCAAGAGCAAUGGUGGAUACUCAUCUAAUUGUGUUAUUGAGAAGAUUAUUCUUCUUGGAGAGAUUUUUGGAGCUAAAGAUGCGGUUAUUGAACCUGGGAACCGCAAGGUGGAGAUAGUGCAGGGCCCACUUUAUACCAUGAGGAAGAACAGCCCGAUUGUUCCCAUAAUUCGCAGGCCUAAUGUCAGGAUUUCAGAUGAUUGGACCAUUAGAAUUUUGUAAAUAAUCAAUGUAUGUUUAGUGAUUCAAUCGAAAAGAUGCAUUUUGAGCUAGUUUUUCAUUCGAUAA